AUGGCGGCAUCCCACACCUACGACGGCACCUCUCCGCCCCCGGAGAAGAGCUCCCGCUCAUGGCUUCGCAAGCUGGAAACAAAUGCCGAGCCUGGUCUCAGCAGCAAGCAGCUGUUUCUCACCAACCAUGAUUUGAAACCCGUCGAGCCAGCGCGCAGACAAUGGAGGCACAUCUCAUUCAUUAACUUCUGGAUUGCUGACUCGUUCAACAUCAAUACCUGGAUGAUUGCUGCUUCUUCGCUCGAGGUAGGCUUGAGCUGGUGGCAGGCUUGGCUUUGCGUCUGGGUUGGAUAUAGUAUUGCUGGGUUCUUCAUCGUCGCAACUGGUCGGAUCGGCGCAACAUACCACAUUGGAUUUCCAGUUGUCAACAGAGCUUCCUUCGGUAUCUGGGGUUCGCUAUGGCCUGUUCUGAACCGUGCGGUGAUGGCCUGCAUCUGGUACGGCGUGCAGUCUUGGAUCGGCGGCCAAUGCGUCUUCCUGAUGAUUGCCUCCAUCUGGCCCUCGUUCGGCCAAAGCCCGAGCCUGACCCGCUCGCUUGCGAUGGGGGCGACUGUCAACUACAUGGUUGGCUUCAUCAUCUUCUGGCUUGGAUCGCUGCCAUUCAUCUGGUUCCCUGUGCACAAGAUUCGACACCUGUUCACGGUCAAAGCCAUUGUUUCGCCUGCGGGUGGUAUCGCCUUACUCAUCUGGUCAGUCGUCCGGGCCGGGGGUGUAGGUCCCAUCGUGCGUCAAGGACACACAGCCGAGGGCUCUGACCUAGCUUGGGGGGUCAUUACCGGGAUCAUGGCGUCAAUCAGCAAUUUUGCGACGCUCAUCGUCAACGACCCUGAUUUCGCCCGUUUUGCAUCAACUCCAGGAGCUGCUCUCUGGCCCCAGGGUAUCACGAUUCCCAUGGGUUUCGGGUUGACCUCUUUCAUUGGCAUUAUUGCGGGCUCGGCAUCGGCGGUCAUCUACCCAGAUCUCGGUGCAGUUUGGAAUCCCCUCGAUCUGAUGCGUCAGUUCAUUACCAAUGGAGAUAUCGAGAAUGGCGUCGGAAGCGCAGGCGAUCGUGCCGGUGUCUUCCUGAUUGCCGCCACGUUUGUGGUCGCGCAGCUGGGUGUCAACAUUGCAGCCAACUCGAUUUCGGCCGGAACUGAUCUGACUGCCCUUAUGCCGCGGUAUAUCAACAUUCGCCGUGGUGGGUAUAUUUGUGCAGCCAUCGGCAUCGUCAUUUGUCCCUGGCAAUUCCUCACUUCUGCGAGCAACUUCACCACCUACCUGUCGGCCUACUCCGUGUUCCUAUCAUCCAUCGCAGGACCGAUGAUAAUCGACUACUAUUUUGUUCGCAAAGGUUAUCUCCAGAUCCGUGAUCUGUACAAUCCUGAGAGCGAUGGUCCUUACUACGGUAUUUGGGGCAUUCAGUGGCGUGGUUACGUUGCGUACAUCUGUGGCAUAUUGAUCAAUGUGGUCGGCUUUGCCGGAGCUGUGGGGACACCCGUGCCCAUUGGCGCAACCUACGUGUAUCGGCUGAAUUUCUUCACUGGCUUCAUCGUCUCAGGUGGGAUCUACUAUAUUCUGUGUCGCGUCGUCCCUGUUCCAGCUACUAGCCCGACCGGUAAGUGGCUGGAGAUAGGCGACUUCGAGGACCCCAGCUUGGCGUAUGGCGCAGAUGAGGAAAAUGUCGCACGGCCAGUCACCUCUGCCAUGGAAUCUCCGACUGAUGGUGAGAAGAAGUGGUGGAACAUCCGCAAUCGCAACUUCUGA